AUGGCGAAAGACAUCGAACGGCAGCUCAUCGUGUUCGACUUUGACUGGUCUCUUGCUGAUCAGGAUACGGAUAGAUGGAUAUUCGAGGUCCUAGCUCCCGACAUUCGUCGCAAGAUGAAGACACUCAAGGAAGAAAUUCAGUGGACAGAUCUUAUUGCUCAGUCACUAAGAGAGCUUCAUGAACGAGGUGGGACCAGGGAGGAUAUUGAAGGCGCGCUAAAGAUCAUGCCUUUCCACCCUGCUAUGGUACGCGGCGUCAAGGCCGUCAAGGCGGCUUCAAAGCCUGCUACAACCUUCUUCUGCCUCUCGAACGCCAACUCGGUCUUCAUCACCACUAUUCUUCAGUCCAAGGGCCUUCAGGAUCUCUUCACUGAGAUCGUGACCAACCCCGCCGAAUGGGACCCUUCGGGCCUGCUCAAGCUUCGCCGCCGGGUCGAUCCCGCUGGCCCUCAGCACUCCUGCAAAGUCGGAUGCAGCCCGAACAUGUGCAAAGGUGACGAACUUGAAGCAUUCCUGGCGCGGCAUCGACCAGAUUUCGACCGGAUAAUUUACGUCGGCGACGGCUCUAACGAUUUCUGCCCCAUUCUCCGCCUGAGAAGCCAAGAUAUGAUCCUCUGCCGUCAGUAUAGAGGCUUGGAAAAACGCAUUGCCAAGGAAGGCGAGAAGGAAGGUCUCAAGUGUCAAGUUCGGUACUGGGCAGGAGCAUGGGAGGUAGAAGAGAUAUUCAAGCAGUUGCCUAAUGUCAUCGCAACCUAA